AUGUGGUCAAAAGUAUACUUGCAAGUCCUCCAUACAAAAUUAAGACCUGGCAACACCGCUGUAGGAGACGCCCAGGCUGCAGCCCCGUACGGCACCAUUUCCCCUUACUGGACGAAGUCACGCCUACCUUCCACAGGCCGUUGCGGACCAUCACACGAGGUUGCGGAAUCCACGCAUCGCAUCGCAUCGCAACGUACCAUCCGUCCAUAUCCUGUCCGUAUCUGUCAGUUCCCACUGUUCCGGUUUCUUACGGACUAUGAUAUAUACUACGUUGCGGACUCGUAUCCAGUACUUUCCUACAUUCCCUCUCUCUGGUUCCGUUCUGUCAUCAGCGCAUCACUUCCUUCUUCACUGUUCCCCUCGCUCAUACUUGAGGAACUGCUCUCAGAGCUAUCCCCUUGGGUCGACUACUAUUCUCCCACCCAGCAGGAUCGGUAUGCUAUCACUAUAGCAGACUUCUACGAUUUCUCCCACACCGCCUCCGCCAGUGCAUCCAAUCUCAUUCAAUCUGUCCCAGCGCCUACCUCCAACCAAUCCUCAUCCUCCGUCAAACAAAGAGUUACUUACCAUCACUGUUUUAAGGCUGUCAUCAUCAAAAGGUUCUGCUUCGUCUUCAUUGAGAAGCAGACUCCAAAAUAUUCUAUUCUGGAUUAUUUUGCCUAUGGAAAGUCAUCCAAUCAGUAA